UUUCUAUCGCUGUCUCCCAGAUUUCCUUGAAAAAAAAUCCCAGUAUUUUGACUAACUCCAGAAUUUUCGCGUGAACACACUCAAGCUCACAAUGAGUGCGAUAGCAGAGCAAGAGUCCUUGGUUAAGGAAAGUUUAUUUCAAUUCAUCACUGAAAGCAUACCUUCGGCAGAUUUAAAUGUGAUUGAUGAUAUAGUCCUGUCUUACGUUAUAUCUAUUUUGGAAGAGGCUUCUCAAGAUCCCUGCUUCGAUGUAGAAGGUUUCAUAGAAAUGAUGGCAGCAUACAUCCCCGAGUUUGCCAGCAUUGAUCCUGGACAAGUAUGUUCAUGGGUACUAGAACUUGAGGCGAAGUUGUCGUGUAGGCCAGAUUCGGACUCUAUGUCCAACCAUGAUGAAUCUGCAGGCAGUGACAAGAUAAGCAUCACCCUGCAGACCUUGAGUGAGAUGCUGCCAUCUAUUGCCAAAAGUAACAGGUCCCACUCGAACUCGGAGAGCUCGGAGUCGACUGACGGCGGGCGGCGCCUUCUGGACGGCGACGAGCAUGCCGAGCAGUGCCGCGCCCUUCACGAGAUGUUUCCAAACACCUGCGCUAUGGAGAUCAAGCACUGUGUGUCCAUUGCUCGUGGGGACGUGGAGCGCGCGGCCGCCACACUGCUACACCGCCGCGAGCAGGGGCAGGCGCUGUCGGCCGGCGGGCUGCACUCGGCCGCCCGCCAGCAGCCGGUCUGCGACGACCACGAGCUGAAGAACCGGAUCAUCGCACGUUAUUCGUACGUUGACAAGAAUUCGGACACUAAGGAACACAAACCGCUGGCCCCCAAGAUCGAGCCUAAGAAGAUGGUGCGUUACCGGGACAAUAAGAUAGUAUCGCUCAAGGGCGAGAGGUACACUGAGGUGCCAAAAUCCGGUAUCGACGAGGAACAUUUGAAGAAACCCAAGAAACAGCACUGCCCUUAACCAUUAAACCCACGUCAGUACGGUGUAAAAGCGGAGUUUACCGCUAUAUCGGUGUCCUUUAUAACUUUAGUAUUCCUGAUAUAUGUCGGUGUUAGCCCCGCACGCCCCAAAGGCGCUUAUAAGCGCGUACUUUCUAAGCAACCUUCUAUUGGUAAGUAUAAUAUGCUCUUGUGUAAGCGAAAUAACUUUACUUGUAAGCGCGUACUUUCUUCUAAAACUUAUUGUAAGCGCGAACUUUUCAAUUUCAAAUCAAUGAUUACCAUCUAUAGGCGCGUCGUAAUGAGUUUAUUAUACACUCAUUAUGAGCCAGCAUUGUCCAGGCGCUCACAAAUUUAUACGCGCUCAUGUGUAAUUCAUAAGUGCAUACUUUUAUUUGUUUGUAUGUGUCUCAAGUAUCUGAAUGUGGUUAUGGAUCUACUGUUAAAGGUACAUAUAAAUCAUAGCCGUGUAAUAUAUAUAUUGCAGGCUAAAAACAUCGUGAAACAAUCUUCUAGUCAAACAUAUAGAUAUAUUAUUUUGAAUCUCUCUAUUUCAAUUCUAUCCUAUGUCAUAUUGACACUUCUUUUUUAUGUCAUAUUGACAGCUAACGUCAUUCUGACAUUGGCUAAAGUCACGAAUUACAACGGUUUGGCUACAAGCCUCACUUUGAAUUCUGUGACUUCUACUAUUAGCCCCACAUUGAUACUAUUUCUGCGUUCGAAGCCCUUGCGGCGUGCGUUAGUGAUUCGUGUAUGUAGUGUCUUAGAUUUAGAAGCGCGUGAUUCGUAUAACGUUUAUUUUUAUCCGCUUUUUACCGUUACUGAUUUAUUUUGGGUUAAGUUGUCUCGGCGACAGCAACUUAAUAACAUGGACUGUAGUUAUGUUAAGUUUAAAUUAAUUCGCACCGUAUUUAUUAUUGUUAAUAAGUUCACGAGGCAGCUGUGUUCCAGUAUUAUUUUGUCUGUGGCAACGAUUGUGUCGAAUGACGUCGUAGGGUCGGAAUGUGUUCAAUUUAGGGGAAUUGUAACAAAUUGUGCAUGCGUGAGUGGGUGUCAAGCCACAGACAAAUGUUUAUCUAUGACGGAUGUCGGGCCGAUAAAACGGCGCUCAUUGCAUCGUCAAUCGGACGUUGCGCGUUGUCUUAUCACCCCGAAUAGUAACCUCGAAUUCACUCUAGUUUUAAGUGACAAGAUCUGUAUAAUACCUGUGAUUUUUAAUUGUUAUUAUUUUAUUAUUAAUAAUGUAAUUCCUAUUGUAGUUUUAUUGUUUUUAUACACAUCUGUGAUUAUGAUGCCAUUGAAUUAUACGAUAGAUUAUACCCUAAGUGGUUUUUAUAAUUUUAGUUUAGGAUUUUUAUUGCCGUUUUUCGUCCGGGUCUUUUUUAAUUCCGUUAUGUUGGUAUUGUGAUGUAAAUUUCGUUUAGAAUUUGAUGUGAGUGAUUCAUAUAUUUUAAUGUAGGUAGUAAUUUGAAUUGAGCGCUGUCUUUAAGAUGGCAGUGAAAUUAUAGCUCUUUAGAGCGAAAUUAUACGUUUAUUAUAAGUAAUUUUGUUAAUAUUUGAGUGAAAGGCGAAUUCGGCAAUUUUUUAAUACUAACAUUUCCAAUAUGGAAAUCAAGUCUUG